UCGAUUAAUACUACGGACGCGCGCGUGUCUUGCCGGAGCAGUAACGAUACCCAUCUCAUUAACCUCGAGCAGACUUGAAGCAGGCGCUGAUAGGAUGGGAUAAAGAUCACCUUUACUCCAUGGUCAUUCCUCUCGCUCUCGGGAAGUUCUGCACAUAUUGCCUUCGAACGCUGGAAGCUAGGUGAAUCUAGCGCAAUAUAACGUCGCCCCUGCGCGCGAUGCCAGGCCCCAAAGGAAUAAGCCGGAUAUAUGGGAAUUCGAGGGACAUCUACAUCGCGGAGAACCUGGCAGUGCUUCUAGAGCAAUGGGUGAACUCGGAGUAUGGGACAACCCUCAAAUAUAAAGGGUUCCUCUACGACACACGAUCGCAUAUCAGUCUUUUUGACGAUGACACCAACAAUCUUUCGGGAUGUAUACAAGCAGCAGCCAGUAGGAAUCGCCAGAUUCCAUUACAUCGCACUUGUAAUAGGGUUGAUGGAACUGCCCAAGCGAGAACACACGAUGCCUGGUCCAAAUGUUCGCUACUAGUUGGCAACUUAGGUUUUAAUAUCAUCGCCGACCGAAGAUCUUCGUUUGUAUAUCAUACAAACGAAGACUUUCGGCCGGUCGCUUUCAGUGCUUCACGAGCAAUGGGUGAAGGAGUACGGGACAACCCUCAAAUAUAAAGGGUUCCUUUAAUGUAUAUUCUUCACCCAACCGCCACAAACAUCCUUUUAAUCUCUCCACUAAUCCUCCCGUUGAUGACUCCAGCGAGACACGGACUAUUACAUGUCAAUUAUAGAUCAUCCG